AUGAAUUUGAAUUCAGGAUUUUUUGCUGCUUACUAUUAUCGUCGUAAACAACCAACGGCUGAAUAUCGUGUACCAUUAAAUAGUCAACAACAUCGACAUACAUCACUUUCAAGAAGUGCACAAUCAUUAAUUGAUAUGACAAAUGGUAGCGAUUCAUUUUUACCAUCAAUACCUACAGCUAGAGAUAGUAAUGCUGGUCAUAGACCAUAUCGUCGUAAUGAUUUUGCUAAUAAUAAUUUAUUUAUUGCUAAACAUAAAUUAGCACGACUUUUUCUUGAUCAACCAACAACAAAUAUUCAAUCAACAAAUGAUCUUGUUCAUUUAUUUGAUCCAUAUGAAUCACAACAAAAAAAUCGUAGAAAAAAUAAAAAUAAACGAAAAGAAAAUAAAUUAGAUAAUAAACCAAUUUCAACAUUUAAUCAAGAUGUUCAUUUAUCUGUUAUCAAUCUUGGUAUGAAACCUUCAUUACCAUCAUUACAAUCUCAUGAGCCACUUUCUACAAUAUCAUAUCGUCAGUCAUAUCCAAUUAAUUUUCAAACAAGAGCACCUCGACCAUCAAUUGCAUGGGUUAAUCCAGUAAUGAUGGAACAUUUUCAAUCAACAUCAAAUUAUUUAUUUAGAAAUAAUUUUCAAUCAAAUACAAUUAUUAAUGAAUUACUUGAUAACAAAUCUGAUGUCAUGAAUAAUACAAUUAAUCCUUUGGAUUCAUCUGUAUUAUAUGUCAAAUCAAUUAUAACCGUUCCUAAGCAUAAACAAGAUUGA